UUAUGGGUUUGAAGGGUCCUCUAUUGUGUACUGCCCCUCGAGGAAAGAGGCUGAGCGUGUGACCUCCACUCUGACCUCGCUGGGUGUCACGUGUGGUGUAUACCAUGCUGGUCUGGGCAUGAAACAGAGAGAGGGAGACCCAGCAUCGCUUCAUGAGGGACGAAAUCCAGUGUAUUGUGGCUACAGUAGCUUUUGGAAUGGGGAUCAACAAGGCUGACAUCAGGAAGGUGAUCCAUUAUGGAGCCCCUAAGGAGAUGGAAUCUUACUACCAGGAGAUUGGACGUGCUGGGAGAGACGGACUUCCAAGUGCCUGCCACGUCCUGUGGGCACCAGCAGAUCUCAAAUUAAACAGGUUUCUCAUCAACCAGGUAGCAAACAACAAAUUCCGGGGCUACAAGCUCAAAAUGAUGGGCAAAAUGGACUUGUAUCUCAACUCAUCCAAGUGCAGAAGGAAGCUGAUCCUCUCCCACUUUGAAGACAAACAGCUUCGAAAGGUGACCUCGGGCAUCAUGGGAACUGACCAGUGCUGUGACAACUGCCGAUCUGGUACUCUCAAAGGGUUCCUGAGAAGUACCGGUGCCACCCUCUCUGUUUGGAGCUGGGAAGAGUGUCCUAGGCCCUGCUGGAAAGCCCUGGCACGGGAGCUGGUGAAUGAGGAAUACCUGAAGGAAGCCACCGGCACUAGCAGUUCUUGGGUCCUCUGUAAAAUCAUCCCCCAAGAGCUUGAGAGGAUCUGCAGAGAGGAAUGGGACAAACUCCCCAGAUACAGGUGUGCCAAGGUUGUAGCGUCAAACACAAGAAGACUCGAGGCUGUAAUCGCUGCCAAAGAUGCUUCAACAAAGUACAGAGGGAGGUGGUGGCUGAGCCGAGCCCUGGAUGAGAAACAGAGAACCCUCCUGCUCCAGUCGAGUGACCCUGACCUCAACACCUGGUCUGCACUAAGACGAAAGCAGAACCCUGCAGCCACCACUAGUGCCCCUGACCGACAGUAUUCCACCUCUCAGAACAGUAGGUUAAAUGUCUGUUGUAGGCCAGUCAACAGCAAAUCUAUCCCGAAGUUGGACAUGUCAUCUAGCAGUGACAGGACGCCAUCCAAGUUGUUGACCCAGGUAGCGGUGUCCAAACCACAGCCAGCCCCCAUCUCCGCCAGAGAGCUUGAACUGCAGACGGCGUUGUACGCCAAGCUGGUUGCUGAACGACAGAAACUGGCCAGUGAGAAGGACAUCCCACCGGCCAUACUGGCCACCAACAAAAUCCUCCUGGAAAUGGCCAAGAUGAGGCCGUGCACUGUGUCCAGUCUGAAGCAAGUGGAUGGUGUUUCUGAGGCAAAGUCCAGCAUGCUUAUACCCCUCCUCAAAACCAUAGCAAGUUUCUGUGAGCUUCACAACUUGAAGGUGGACUCCUCGAUUCUAGCUUCAGCCCCAGGUCCAGAGAGCGUUAGAGGGGCGGUGACUGGGAAG